AAAUUUUAGGGAAUACAAUGAAAUCCUACACAUUCCCUGUAACUUAUAUAUACUGUGAAAUUGUAUAUCGAUCACCCGUGUGACAUGACCCGUUAUUCAUUGAAAUCCGAAAUCCGAGUUGCAGCUGAUGCAGGAUGAUGGGCGUCUGGCAGCUGUCUGGGUUGUAUAUAUUGCAAAAAUGAUAAAUAUGUUCACGUUAAGCGAUAACUUUGUCUUUUGAUCUCAUAAUGGCUGAAAGUAGCCAAACAAUGAGUACCCAUCGACUGUCAAGUGGUCCAUUGUUGUCUGACAACGUGCGAUUCAUGAUUUGACGUGGCCCAUGGAGAGUGGGGAUGUUUGACGCUUCUUUCUCUCCAGAUGAAUGAAUGACGUGUAGAUAGGGUUAGCUGUGAUGUUACCCCGGCUUGUGAGAGUGAUGCAGACGAGGCACGUAGCAGGAGUGUUGCUAGCUGUCUCUUUGACAGCGAUCUUUGGUUGUCUUCACUUGCUGAGUGAAGUGGCUCGCCUUGAUGAUGCAAGGGUCAGAUUAGAGACAGCAGUCAUCCGAUUACAGAAGGACCAGGUGGAUAUUUAUACGUAUAACGAAGUAGAGGACAAUGAUGGUCUGGUCGUUAUAUACAAUAAGGUUCCAAAGACUGGCAGCACAACACUCGCAGGCAUGGCAUACGAGUUGUGCCAGGAAAACAGAUUCAACGUGAUUAUGAUAGAUACAAAGGGACGCUCAAAAACAGUAUUCUUGUCAGAUCAGAUGCGGUUCAUCACUAACAUCACCAGCUGGACAGAGAAGAAGCCUGCGCUGUAUCAUGGUCACGUAGCCUUUAUUGAUUUCUCAAGGUAAGGA